GUGAGAUUGCAAGUGACUGUUUACAGCUUCAUCUAUCUAUUGGUAUUUCCACAAUUCGAAAAUGAAACAACCGACCGAUCGAGUUGGGAAAUGCUCCGGAAUGCUUUUCCUUCUAGCUGUUCAGAUAGCUCUUUCCAACGCAGCGGCUACUGAUCUGAAUAUUUCCUUAACUUUCGAUGAGCAUAGUAAUGGUACAAAACUCUAUCGGCGUUCCAAGCGUGACGUUGACGUGAACUAUUUGUACGGAAGAACUAGUACCGAAAGCCUGCUGCAGCAAAUUCGAAAUCAACCCUACAUUUCACAGUUGAUUGAUGGAUUCGUAAAGACCUUCGAAAAGAUGAAUCAAAAUGGGGAGCUGAGUAGCUCCGCUGUCAUCAAACUGGCAAUAUUUGUAAAAGAGACACUGAACAUGCCCAACUUCUAUAAUGUAAAUCCGACCGACCAAGCACGACUCAGAAGCCUCAAAAACGUGCUGCCACUUUCGGCGAAAAAUGCAGUCUUCGCAAGAAGAGUUUGUAUCAAAAAUGUGCAGCAUGAUGAGUAUCUGUACUCUCCGCAUCCCUAUUAUUACGAUGUGCAGAGGCGUCGAGUUUUCACCUGGGUACCCGGAGACAGGCCCAUCCCCCAAGGAAUGUGGGAACUGGAAUUCAAUGGCAGACACGUAUUUAUAAGAAACGACGAGAACAGGGAACAGUUAUACGCUCCCGCCAACAUUUACAAAUACGACAACGAUCGACGCCGGGUGUUCACCUGGAAUCCCAGCUCGGAUAGGAUCGGUGAUGCCGGUGCCUGGAAAUUUGAGCCGGAGGGUGAUUACAUGUACAUUAAAAGUGUAUCCUAUGGCGAAUAUUUGUAUGCUGCCGGAGACGGUUUCAAACACGACGUCGACAGGCGCACCGUUUUUACUUGGAAGAAAGACGAGAGAAUCUCCAAUGGCAUUUGGUCGAUAGAAGAUUGCAGUUAAAAUGUAAAUAAAAAUAUCAGAAGGUACCGAGUAGUAACAGGUCGAAUAAAUUUUUUAAAUAAAAUAAAAACACAG